CCCAAGGGAAAAACACAGCUACCCCAAUCCGGUAACCACAUCUACACGUGUGUUCGUUAACGCUCCCGACUGGUUCGCUUGGCGUUGCGACUGGAUUGGCUGUGGCGCUUGUCUCAUAUAUGGGACGACUCUGAAUUGUGGCUGUGCCUAAAUAUCCGCCGCAUGUGUUCUGUCGGGAUCACGUGGUAAGCACAGACCCGUUGCUGGGGCGCGUGAGCGGUGGGUGUAAACACGGUGUAUGUGUGCAUUGGACAAUUAGCGGGUUCGAUUGAUUGUGACAAGCUGAGCCGCAUUAUUAACUUGUCUCAACUACGCACGAUUGAUAGAUCGAGAACCCCUACAUACAUACACAUACAAACACGAGCAGUAGAUAUGUCGACUGCUGCACCAGUUACGCCUGUGAAGGCUGAGGCGGGGAAGGCGACGCCGCCGAUUAGUACUACGCGUUUGAAGCAGAUUGCUACUGAUGCCUGCACCUCCGCCCUCGAAGGCGCAGAAUUCUACGACCACCCAAAGACCGCACAGUGGAACAACUCCAUCAUCAACGCAAUCCUCAAAUCCCUAAUCUCCGAAUCCACCACCCCCCCCGCCACGCAACCCGCCUUCAAAUUCGCCAUCAACAGCACCAUCAUCCAGCACCUCGUGCCCACCACCGCGCUCGGAAAGUCAUCCAGCGUCAAGAAGGAAGACGGAGAGGAGAAGGCAGGAGGAGCAACAGCGGAGCAGGCGGGGAGGAGGGGAAUGCAUAGCGCGACGGGGGCUUAUUGGAAUGAGGCUACGGAUGGGAUGUGGAGUUUUAAGUUUGAGGGGGGGAGGGGGCUGGAUGUGGUGAUUAGUGUUAUUUGGGUUGGGUUGUAGGUGAAGAAGGGGAAGGUGGAUGGUGAGGGUGUGGAGGGCGAGAGAGCGGGGAAAUGGCAGAUGGGGAGUGAAAGUUGGAGCAUGAGCAUGGAGAAUGAGAACAUGGAGAAGCAUACCAGCAUGGCAUUUGUAUAUGAAAAAUGGCAGUUUACGAGCGGUGAACGACGACUAUGUGCCCACACUGGAC